CCUGAAAUGACAGAAACCAGCUUGGACAAACAUUUAUUUAACUUCUACUUUGAAAGUUAGUUUGGUUCAUGUCCCAUCUGCUAACCUGGAGCAGUUCAUGACCUAUAUUCCGGGCAGUGACUCAGUGUAAUCCCAAAAAACCAACAUUACCUCCUGUUUGAUCAGAGAAGUUCCACCUUUUGUUUUUCAAUGUGAAACUUGAUCUGUUGAGAUUCUGAAUGAAGCAACGAGCUCAGAGCCUGAGUCCACAAUCACCUGAGAGGUGAUGUUGAAAAUAUAAACUCAGAGUUUCACGUCUUUGUGUCUCCAGUAAAAAUAAAACAUCAGUGGAGCCAAACUCCUGAAGUCAACUCUUCAGAGGAGCUUAGGAGAAAGAGAGACAAAGAAGAAGGGAGACGACUCAGUUCAGCAGGACAAUGGCGAUGGGCGUCCCCUCCCUCGUCCUCAGCGAGAAGUAAGAAAGACGUUUUGUUUUGGGCGAGGUUUAUAAAGGAAUCAAAGCCUCGUCCGACCUGCUCAUCUUCACACGACUCCUUCUCCAGAACAAGCUGCACGUCUCGGACCGAGAGAUGGCGUUGAGGUUGUUGGGACUCCUGGUCCUGUCCUCCCUCUGCUCUGCCAUGCUGCUACCGAACAUGUCCCCAGAGUCCAGCGAAGAGGACGGCUCCACCUCGGACCCCAAGAACGACUCAGACUGGGAGGAGAUGCCCAAAUGGCAACCAUUGUCCCGCAGCGGCCUCAUGCCCGAGAUGCCACCGUGGCCAGACAGCGGCAACAUGACCAAUGAUUUCAACAAAGUCCGGAUGCUGCAGAGCCCCGGCCCUAUAAUGCCCCCCAUAUCUGAAACAGCCAUCUGCGACAUCCUCCUGAACUCAGCAGUGCCGCCGCCUCUCGAGCAGAUUCCUCCUUUCUGCAUCUGUACGCUCUGUAAAGGCACCACGGGGCCCAAGGGAGAUCGUGGAGACCGGGGCUUUUCAGGUGAACCUGGGAGUCCAGGCAGAAGAGGAAUGACGGGGUUCAGAGGUCGAGCAGGAUUCACAGGUCGUCAGGGGAUGAAAGGUCAGAAGGGCGACCUGGGGAAGGAGGGGCAGGACGGUCCUGCCGGAUUCACCGGGUCAAAGGGCGCACGAGGAUUUAAAGGGGACAAAGGAGACACAGGUUUGAUAGGGCCCCCAGGUACACUGGGUCCCCAGGGAGAAACCGGCACAUGUCCUGCCUCCUGUGAUAGUGGCCAGGGUCCACAGGGUCCGCAAGGCCCCCCUGGACCAGCUGGAGCCCGGGGCCUGCCUGGGGUGGGAGGAGUUGCGGGACCUAAAGGUUUCAAGGGCGAUAACGGUGUCCUGGGUAAACCUGGCGACCCCGGUCUGAAUGGCCAGAAGGGUGAUCAAGGUGAUCAAGGAGUGUGUGAGUGCACUGAUGGAAUGAACGGCACUGAUGGGAGACCAGGAGAAAAGGGGUAUAAAGGGGACAAAGGGGACACUGGUGUCCAAGGUGCAAUGGGCCCCAUGGGACCAAAAGGCGACCACGGCAUCAAUGGCUUCAAUGGUCCACCCGGUCCCUGUUCCAUAGCCAUCCAAUCAGCAUUCUCUGCAUCUGUCAUCCAAUCGUCUCCCAUCCCAGACUGGCCCAUUCCUUUCCCACGUGUCCUCCUAAACUGGUUUGGCCACUUCAACCCACUCUCUGGCAUCUACACAGCCCCCGUCAAUGGCACCUACGUCUUCUCCUUCCACCUGGUCGUCUCCUUCAGGACACUUAAGGUCGGCCUGUUCCACAACUUCUACCCUGUAGUAAAAACAACAGAGACAAGAAACCAAGCCACUGCCAGCCAGAGUGUCGUCCGCCACCUCACGCAAGGAGACCAGGUGUGGCUGCAGGUGAAGAACAAUAAUACCAACGGCAUCUACACCGACAGUGAGAGCAGCAGCACGUUCUCUGGGUAUCUGCUGCACCCUGACUCCUGCGAGAUGCCCUUCCUUCGAGGCUUCUUGCCAGAAGAAAAGAUGGAGAACGGACAAUUCGGCUGGGAUGGUCCUCCAAACACCACCACUCCUCCAAACAUCACCACUCCUCCACACACCACCACUCCUCCACCUUAGUAAGCUCCAGUAAGUCGCACAUUUGUAGAUGAAGUUUCUUCAACUUGCCAAUCAAACGUUCUGUGUAUUUCUAGAAGUUUCAAGCUACUCAACUCGCUGUUGUUACCCGAUUAGAAAGUGACUGAGUCGAUCGCAACUGCCCCAAAUGUGUCGUCACACAGGAAGCAAGUGAUGAUAGAAGUUUUACAAGUGUGCGUCGGCAGCCGGACUUGCUUGUGUUAAAAGAAAAGCAAGUCCAGUUGAAGGUCUUCUGGAGAUACCUUGACCUGGAUGACUGAGAAUCUUGACAGAGAUUCAAUCUGAGACAUUUGUGGACUAAAUCUGUGUUGUUAUAGAGAAGGUUGUUGGAAGGUGGUGAACUGUUACUCUGCAAAACAAUGACAACUCAAAUAUUACUGUGCUGAUUAAAUCUUACACUGACUUUUCCUCUCUCUCCACCACAAGAUCACAAUCAGUAGUUUUGGGAGAAAUUUUGUUUAGAUGUUUAUGGUGACUUCUCAUCAGGUGAACAUUUUGAUAACUCUAGGUUGAGUGUAAAUGAUCAACAAGCUAAACUAUGACUGCCAAAAUUACACCUGCAUUGAAACAUGUUACUUACUAUGUAUUCAGGCGUUGUUGAAGAAAAACGAUUCUGUGAUUUUGAAAAUAAAGUUGUAAUAUUAGUCUGUGACAUGAAUAUCAGAAGACCAGUCCGUCUCCUGAAUGUGCUGCAUCUUCUUCAGUGGAAGUUUCA